CAACAAUAUGAUAAUCCUGCAACUGAUGUUGAAUACAUUGAUGCUGACAGGGAAUACAUGCAGUUGAACAAAAGGGAAAUAAUGGAGGGUGAGAUAGUAGAAGAUGGAGAUGAUCACUGGGAUCACAACAGCAUUAGAAUAAUGCUAAACUUGUAUAUAGAGAAUCUUGAUAAAUUUAGAAAUCCAAAGAUAAGAAAGAAAAAUUUAUGGUCCGAUGUUGCCAAUGCUGUGGGCAAAAGUCCCGAUUGUUGUAACAAGAAAUUUAGAAAUUUGAAACAAACAUACAUAAGGUUACUUAAAAAGAAAAACAGGAUUGGUAUGUCAACAGUAAAAUGGCCAUAUUUUGAAAGUUUCGAGGAGAUAUAUUGUGUGGACGGUGAAUACCAGCCUGAGAUUCAGCAAAAACUGCAAGAAAGCUCGAAUGAGAGCAUAGCUAAAGCGUUAUUAUCAAUAAGUUCUCCGUCAAAAUUUGAAGACAGUCAUGAAAAUGGGGAAACUUCUAGUGGCCAAAAUGAAGAGGUAAGGAGAAGAUUGACAAGGAAACGGAAUGCAGAAUUCAGAAAAGUGACAUUAGAAAUCAAGGAUAGGCAAAGAUUGGUAGAAGAAAAAUUAGAUAGAUUGAUAAAUAUUGUGGAAGAAUCAAACAAUAUCCAAAGAGAAAGGAAUAAAUUGUUUGAGGAAUUUCUUGAGAAACUCAGAGGUUCUCAAGGAGGGUGUUGAUUUUGAAGAGAACUUCA